GCGAUUACCUUGUGACGCUUUGCCUUGAUUGAAACAACUCAAGUGAGCGGCACGUCAGCCAUUGUGUACUCCUCGGGCACGCGCAAUGACCGCCGGUUCAACUGGGCUGUGACUUGUUGACGUCGCUUUGUUCUAAACUUGCAAUUACGUUCUCACUGCGACCAAUUUUUGGCAUCCCUAGAUCAUCGUUGGACAGCGCCGGCAUCCGACUGUUGUACAAUGAGAGAUUUACAUCACCCGAAAUGGCGACAUCUUUAGACGUUUGGGUAUUCCACCCCGACUCCUCGGAUACGGGCAGACAGCGACAAAGUCCGCUGGGAAAAGAACCAUGAUCCCAUGAGGUGCCGUCGGGAACGUUACACCUUGGCGGUUUUGGCAGAGAGGUCGUUCCUGGGUUCCGCUUUCGAUUUCCGUUAUUCGCAUCAAUUAAAUGUAAGAAUGUAUAAAUACCAUGCUACGCAGACAUGCAUCCCCACAGACGUCCAUCUCGCCUGUCUCAGUCAAGACGACCUCUUUCCAAAAGAUGAGGACUUUGAUCACGUGGUGCGCGUUGGCACUCGCUGCUGUAGUUUCUGCUGCGCCGGCCAAAGAAUGUGCUCACAAGGUCAAGGAGAGCAUUCCUCCUCCUCGGUUAUGGGUUAAGGAACGUCCUGCUCCCAAGGAUCUGACCAUUGAGUUGAGGAUCGCUUUGCCUCAACCCAACUUUUUUGAAUUGGAACGACACCUUUACGAAGUCAGUGAUCCAUUCCACGAGCGGUACGGUCAACAUCUCUCGAAGGAGGAAGUUGAAGCGCUUGUCACUCCCCACCCUGAGAGUAUCCAUUCAGUGAACGAAUGGCUUGCUUCCCAUGGCUUGACGGAGAGCGCACUUACUCGCUCCCCGGCUAACGACUGGGUACGAGUUAAGGUACCCAUCAGCUUGGCAGAGAAGAUGUUGGAUACCGAAUAUCACGUUUGGAGACAUACGAAGGAUGAUAACUACAUUGUCCGCACGACAAGUUAUAGUUUGCCAGAGAAUUUGCACGAACAUAUUGACUUGGUCCAGCCUACGACGCUCUUUUCGACUCUACGAGGCAUGGACACGACCUUCCGGUUCUCUCAGGACACUCCUGCUCCAUUAAGUGCUGAUGCACCGCCAAUUAACAUUCCCUCUGCCUCUGGCGGCAAGGUGGAUGCGAGUUGCAAUACAACCAUCACCAUCUCGUGUAUCCAACAACUAUAUAAUGCCGUCGGCUUCAAGCCCAGUGGCAAAAAUGGAAACCAGAUUGGUAUCACGGGUUAUCUUGAACAGUUUGCGAACAUUGCGGAUCUUCAAAGCUUCUACGCUGAUCAACGUCCGGAUGCAUUGAACUCCUCUUUCAAAUUCAUCUCAGUUAAAGGCGGUCUCAACAACCAGUCAAUCGAAGAGGCAGGGGCCGAGGCAAAUCUUGACGUACAGUUUGCAUUUGGUCUAACACAUCCCAUUCCUGGUACUUUCUACUCGACUGCGGGACGCCCUCCUUUCAAGCCCGACGUGCUGACGCCUACGAACACGAACGAGCCGUAUACAGAUUGGCUCGACUUUGUGCUUAGUCACCCGAAUCCUCCUCAGUCCAUCAGUACGAGUUAUGCCGAUGACGAGCAGACUGUCCCCGAAAGCUUCGCUAAACGCGCUUGCAAUGGCUUUGCUCAACUGGGUGCACGCGGCGUAUCUCUCAUGUUCAGUUCGGGCGACGGCGGUGUUGGUGACGGCGACAGUGAUCCAGCCACCCAACAGUGCUUCACAAACGACGGCCGAAACAAGACUCAGUUCGUUCCGUUGUUCCCUCCAGCUUGUCCAUUUGUAACUUCGGUUGGUGGGACUGUACAUGUUCCCGAGACCGCCGUGUUCUUCUCAGGUGGUGGCUUCAGCAAUCUUUUCCCUCGACCGGCUUAUCAAAACUCUAGUGUCUCCCAAUUCCUGAACAAAUUACCCAAGGGGACUUAUGCUGGCCUUUUCAAUCCAAAAGGCCGAGCCAUUCCUGAUGUCGCAGCUCAAGCUGACUUCUUCAGGAUCUUCUUGUCUGGUCGUAUCAUUUCUAUUGGCGGGACGUCUGCAGCUUCUCCCACGUUUGCUGGAAUUGUGGCCCUGUUAAACGAUGCGCGUCUUUCGAAGAAGCUGCCAUCUCUGGGCUUCCUUAAUCCUCUGCUCUACGCUAUCGGUGCUAACUUCCCUAAGGGAUUCAAUGAUAUUACUAUCGGUAACAAUCCAGGUUGUGGAACGCCCGGAUUCAACGCAACCAAGGGUUGGGAUCCAGUGACCGGCCUCGGUACUCCGAACUUUGGCGUAUUGAAGGAUAUCGUCACUGGACCCCUUGCCAGAUUCUAAUGCCCCUUCCUUGUUGCUGAUGGAUGGUGGUGUAGCUAAUUAUGUAAACGAUAAAUGAAAUAUGCGCUGGUGACGACCUGAGGU